AGCGUAAAUUUACGACAAUCCGAAAGGGAGCGCAGAAAUCCGCGAGCAGAAGUUUUGCGAGCGCACAGAAGCCUGAGUGCAAUGUGGAGGACGGAAGCACAUGACAUGGGAACACAGGAGCAGCAACCUCUGAGUGCAGGCAAAUAGUUUUGAGCAGGAGCCCAGACAAUUGCUAUUCGAGAGAACGUGUAUAUUUUGAGGGAAAACAUAACAAAAUCUGAACGUGAAAUGUAUAAAUAAUGCUCUCAAAUUGAAACCUCUUCAUAAAAGAUAGGUGGGAAACUCCAUAGUUUCUGAUGCAGACUACUCAGCCAGGUUUUUAGGCUACUUGUAUUUGUAGGCUGUGAAAACCGGACAGCGGGGCGUUAAUGAUAGAUUAACUGAAUGAGAGAAGAAAAUGAAAGUAAGUUAAACGUUCAAUGACCACUUCCUGGUCUAAGAGAUCGACACAAGCGACACCGUGCCUCUAGACAGAACUGACAGAACACAGAAGAAAAGGCAUGACUACAAGGACGCAAUAUCCACAGGACUAUGGAAAUAAAACGGGCUCCGCCCGCCACCGUGAGCGCACGGAGGAGACGGGUGACAAAAGGUCAAGCAGCGAUAACUCUAUCAAGCGUGUGACUGGGGAUGACAACAGAAGAGUCAGAAGCCCCUCGCGGCUAAGUCGCCCAUACAGACCUAGGUUCGCGGGGAGAUUCUACAGGCCAAGGUAUUUCCCCCUGAGGGACAGGGGAUUCUUCCGCAGGCCUGGCUUCAGCUUUGGAUUUCACCGGCAUCAAGGUGGCUAUGGCCCCAGGCCCCCUCCGCCGCACCACAAGAACUUGCCCUCCUCACGGCCUGAGUUGGCCCCCUCCCCAUCGACUUCUCUGUCUGAGCAGAGCAAAGGAACUUUCCGGCCGUCUGUAGAUUCGGGCAGAGAGGAGAGGCCCUCCCUCUCGUUCGUGGUGUCUCAUGAAGACGAUGUCACCCAGGCCAGGGAUGUACCGUCGGCCGUGACCAGGGCCGCGGCCAGAAGCAGAGCCAUCCAGACGAAAAGACGUGAGAUCGAAGAGGUGUACCGCCAGGACUGCGACACGUUUGGCGUGGUGGUGAAGAUGCUGAUCGCCAAGGACCCGUCUCUGGAGCGGCCCAUCCAGUCCUCGCUGCAUGAGAACCUGCGGGAGGUUGGCCUGCGCUGCGUGGAGGCCAUGCAGGACUUCAUCAAGGAGUACGACACCCGCCAGGUCUCGCCCGUGCCACCCCCACCCCCGCCACCACAGGAGGGGCCCCUGCUUCGCUGACACCCACGGAGGGGCCAGAGGGGACCCACAAUGUCACUAAUCUCAGAGCAGCUCGGCAUUGGGGGGGGGGGGGGGGUGGGCUCCCAGCUACCCUCUAGAAGGAGGCAGCUUGUGUGUGUGUGUGUGUGUGUGUGUGUCUACAUAUGUGUGUGUGUAUGUCUGUGUCUCCUGUCAUGAACCACAGGGUUCAUUUCUAAAGACCAGUUGCCUCCCUUUUUCUCAGACAAGUUACCCUUUAAACUAACACGUAAUGCACAAACACAUUCACGCACACUGUAUAUCAAUACCGUAUCAAGAUAAAGACCUCUAUGAGUGGAAACAAGGUGCUCUGGCACUGGGCGAUCAUUUCUCAAAUAUUUGCCGCUUCCGUGUUAAAACUGUUUAUGAAAAACUGUAUAAGCUACUAAGAGUGUAGGGAAUGACAGAAGCAGCCAGAACGUUAAUGCAAACACCUCAUAAAACAGCUAGCUACAUAGCGGCGCUGCAUUACAGAGUUGGACCUACCUGAUAGAUAGCUGUUAGAAUUGACAAUCCAUUUAUCUGCAAGGGAAAAUCAAACCAUUGAUAAUCCUACUUCAUUCAACAUAGCCUAAGAGAUUCUCUCUAGCCACUUUCUUUCCCCCUCCUUUCCUGCGUUUUCAUUUCUAGUAGCAAGCUUAUGGCAAGUAGUUUUGUUUUCAUUUCUAGUAGCAGGCUUAUGGCAGGUAGUUGUGUUUCAUGGUGUUGCCGGGCUGUAGCCUAAUUACUAAGUUCUUAGCUAGUUAAUGGUGUAGGGGGUUUCUCAACAUGUCAACAAACGCAGUCUCCUUAAUGACAUCACAGAUUUCGAGGAGGUUUUCAUGGUUGUUGCCGUAGACUAAUGUAAUCACCUGUUCUCAGGGGCCCCAAGGCAAGUGCCUGUUUGGUGUAGGAACAGCAGGAAUCAGGGUAGUUCUAUAGGGUGCUAUGCUAACUUGCUGUCAAAGGGUUUCUUUGACCAAAGACUGGAAAUGUUUUCUAUGACAUGACGUCAGAAUAUUUUAUAUUAUGUAUGUGUGUGUGUGUGGGGGGUGAGAGAGAGAGAGAGAGAGAGUGGAAGGGACUGAGUGAUUGAUCUAUUGUGAUUGAUCCUCUUAUGAUUCAGAGCUUACAGGUUGGAGGAAGAGGCCUUUUGUCUUUAUAAGAGGAAAAUGUUCUCAACUUGCCAUUGGCAUGGAAGUGAAGAAAAACAUCUUCAGACAUCUUGUGUUUGCAAUUUUUCAGAUGUAGACAUACAUAGAUUGAAAGAAUCACUUCUUUUCAUAAAAGCAGUUGAUAGGACACAUUUUAUCUACAUUGUCUACAAAUUGUCUACAUUUAAUCAGUCCUUCCAGAGUUUUGCGAUCUUUUAACACAAUCUUGCAAACACAAAUUCAAGCAAGGAUUUCCCGCAGUUGCAGUUGUGAGUUGCAAUGUUCUCUUAUUACCGCUGUAAGGCGGUGAAUUUCUGCAUUAUUUGUGAUUCGUUGUAUUUAAUUCAAAAUCCCUGCAAUUUUGUUUUAAUUCCUGCAGCAAAUUCAGUUACUUUUGGCAACUUUGGCACAACAGCCACAACAAACCCUGGCAAGGUCCUGGUGGGAUCACAAUGUUUAGGAUUUCCCGAAGGACAUGGAAAAAAACCUCAAAAGCACUGCAGUUCUAGUUGCAAUUUUUUUUUACGCAACAAACCUUCGCAAGAUUCUGGAGGGACUAAUGUUUGUGUCAUGCCACUCAGUGCAACUGUUGCUGCCAUUACUACUGUAUGCUGUUCUGUGAAUUUAGAAAUAUUAAAACUAACUUGAAAUAA